AAUUAGUCGGUAAGUGAAUGUUUACCAAAGUUUGGAGGUAUUCAUCAGUGGUUUCCUUGUCACAAGUUUACAUAUGAUGAGUCAUGGGACCUCCCCUAAAAAGCUAAAACAAUGUACGCUUGAUGAUCUAUUCAAUAAAAGAUCAACACCUGGACACAAAGCUACAAUGCAAGAUUCCUUCAAACGUGAUGAUAAAGAUCUAAAAGUUACUGAUUCUCAACCAAUUCUGGAUAAUAAAUUAUCAGAAAGUGAUGACUUGUUGGGAGAAAAGAGAAUUCAAAUGGAUGAAGACUUGACUGACAGUCAGUCUUCCUUGAAAUCUCUGCAUGACACAGCAUUUUGUAUAGAUAAUACUAAUGUAAUUGAAGACAUCCUUGAAGAGCAACAAAUGAUAGAACAUCCUUCUACAUCCAACCCUCAACCAAGCUCCAGUGACUCAAAAUUAAUCAAUGCAGUCCAAGGUUAUUUUGAUGUGCAGGAAGAGAAUGAUGAUGAACCUCAGCAUAAUAAUUCCUAUCCAAUUGAGAAAAUGCAUUGUGCUCCAACCCCUUGGUCAGAACUUUUCCCCAAUACAAAUAAGGAACAUUAUAUUAUGUUUACAUUACCUGAUGGCUAUGACUCUGGAAAAGAUGAUAUCCUUCCUAAACCUAGUUCAGGAAACCUCAUAGACUGCUGGGAUGAGAACCAUGUUAAGAUGCCGUGUUCCAUACAAAGUGAAUGUGUUGUUGAAAAACAACUAAAGGAACGCUGGGAAGUUAUCCAGAAUGCAUUAAUAUCAAAUAUAAAAUCACCCCAGGAACUUGAGGUAGCAAUUCUUAGGUACAAUUACCGCUACAGAAAUGUGUGGCGCUUUGAUGGUUUGCGAAAAUUUUUUGAUAAUAUGAUGGAAGUUGAAUACCAAAGUUUCUUUACAAGUCUCCUUCCAAAAAUAGCAUUGCUAGCACUUCGACUCCCUUAUUUAUGUAACCAGCCAAUUCCAUUGCUGAAGAAAGGUAAAAAUAGGAGUAUCAGCUUCAGUCAAGAACAAAUUGCUUGUUUGUUGGCCAAUGCAUUUUUCUGUACAUUCCCAAGACGCAACACAAUGAAACAGAACAUGGAAUACUCAAACUACCCUAGCAUUAAUUUCACAAGUUUAUAUCAGAAUGUUAAUCACUGUUCCCUAGAAAAACUAAAGUGUUUAAUGCAUUAUUUUAAGCGUGUGACAACUAAAAUGCCAAAUGGAACCAUAACUUUCCAGAGGCAAUGUCUUGAUAAAUUCCCUGUGUGGCAAACAUCCACGAAAACAUUGUCCAAUUUUUAUUGUUCGUCCGCUGGAACCAUUGAAGACAAUGGAGCUGGUUUUCUUGAAGUUGAUUUUGCUAACAAGAAAAUUGGUGGAGGUGUAUUGACACGAGGCUGUGUCCAGGAGGAGAUUAGAUUUGUUAUUUGUCCAGAAUUGUUAAUAUCACGGCUAUUCACUGAGUGCCUAGAAAAAGAGGAAUGUUUGAUCGUCAAAGGUUUUGAAAGAUUCAGUGCCUAUUCUGGUUAUGCAAAUACUUUCCUGUGGAAAGGAGAUUUUCAAGAUAAGACUGUGAGGUCCACAUUAGCUCAUGCCUACUGUGGAUUUCAUGACCACUUACAGCAAGAUGCUGGUUAUCUUCCAGCAGUAUGCUCUGGGAAUUGGGGCUGUGGUGCAUUCGGAGGAGAUCAUCAACUAAAAGCAUUAAUACAAAUGAUGGCAUGUGCCGAAGCACACCGGGAUCUUUGCUAUUUCACAUUUAAUGACAAGCGUUUGGCAAAAGAAUUGUGUGAGAUGCAUAGGUUUUUAACUUCUCAUUUCAUCAUUACUUGUCAAUUAAUGAGCUUGCUAGAACAGUUCUAUGAAGAUGGACUUGUACAAUGCAAAGCAGAACAAUGCAAGCACAACAAUGCAAAGCAAUGCAGAGCAAACCAAAUGACUUUAUUCGAUUACAUAUACCAGCAUUAUACCAAGGAAUAAAUUCUGUUUCAGCAAAUAUUUAACUAAUAUUGGUAACUUUGUUAUUGCAAUGAAGAUUCCCACAUUUUUGAUAUUUGAAAUCUACUGUCUAUGGCUAAUUAAAUAUCUUUCAAUGUCUUAUGAACAGCUUUGGGCUUUCCCUUAUUAGGGAGUUUGAAAAGAUGUAUAUCAUGUUUUUUUUUAGACCUUACAUAAAGUGAUCUAUUUUGGACUUGAUAUAUUUUGGAGUUGAUGUAUGUUAUUGAAGGUAUAAACUAUGGUAUAUAUAUAUAAAUAUAAAGAGACUGAAGAUAAUAUUAGAAUUUGGUACAUGUUUUUUUAUCUAAUAAAAGUCAUCAUUUAUCAUGACUUUAGAUUCUUUUGUACACUUCCAUCAAACAUCACAUGUUAAGCCAAUUUUAAAAUACUGUAUUUAUUAUUGAGCCAGCUUCAAGUAAUAAUAACAAAUAUUAUGAAAGCUUUUAACUGGAUUUUGUGGAAAGAAAAUUAUUUUCUAUUCAAAAUAUCUUCUAUCUUUUAGUAUAUGUUUAUAUGUUUUCAAUUUCCAGGUGCUAAUCAUAUUUAAAACAAAUUCUCAUUUCCCUUAAAUAAAUAUUUAUUCUCUAGUAUUUUCUCAAAAUUGAAUUUACUUCAGUUAACACUGGAUUUAUAUUCCCAUAAAUAUUGACUGUAUUGGCCAAUAUCGAUACAGUAUCUGUUAGGGAAAAGUUCCAGUGUUGAGAAUUCUUGUAAUAAGUUAAAUCCAAUAACAUUAUUUUCUUCUCCUUCACACAUGCAAGAAAAGCUAAGCUUUGGCUGUUUAGAUCUCCUUCAGGUUCCUAGUGGUGUCUUCAAAUCUUAUAACAUGAAUAGGAUCCUUCCUUCCUAUUUAAAUAAAACUCCCAACUGCUUAGCAAAGUAAUGCAUAUUUUGUAUAAUUAAAUUUCUUUCUCAUAGCACCCAGCUCCAUCUUGCCUAACUGUGCAGUGCAUAUUGUUUGUAGGUGAUUGGGAGUUUUAAUUUAUGAUUUGUGUGAUUUCUUUUGCUCUGGUCUGAUAGUAUAAAACGAUUUUACAUGAGUACAUCAGCACUUUCUCUUUAAUGCUGCUAAAUAUCCAUCAUUUACUUAAGCCCUUUACUCCAUUUGGAUCAUAGGUCAGUGGUAACUUUUCUUCAUUGUACCCUGAGGGAAGGCUUUUCUCUUCUAGGACUUGUUGGUUUUGAAUUGCCAUUAAUGCUUCUGUAACUUUGCUUUUUUUUUUUUAGGUAGGGGUGUUGACCCUAUGAAAGCCCAUUUUUGCUUCCUGGGAAGAGGUGGUCCAUAUUAGUGUAGUCUCUGUGUUUUGACCUCUCCAGCAUAAAAGACCCUGCCAGGAGUUUGCGCUCCGCUGGCAUAGCUUUGAGAGCCACUGAGAAACUCAAGCCAUCACACUAUAACAAAGGCAGGAUCUUGUAGUGGAAAUGUCCAUUAGAUUGAGUUAAAUGUCAUGACAAAAUCCCUUCAGUAAAUGCUGCUGAUUGGUUAACAAUUAAACUGUACAGCUUUAGAGUUGCUAAACAAAUUUUCAGAGCAAAUAUCAUUUGGAAAUACACAAUAUUUUAUUUCAUUACUUAAAAAUAAAAGCUAUCAAAAUAAGUGAAAUCUCAGUUUUAUUGAAAUACUUCUGAAUGGAAUGGUUCUAAAUAAUCUGCUGUAUAAGUGAGAGAAGGAGUGAGUGUGUGUAUAAUUGCAAGCAUGCUCCUUCUUCACACAUUUUCUUUCAAUUGUUAUUUCUAACUACAGUUUAUUUUUAUUAGUUAACACUCAAACAUCCUAAGAAUAUUGGGCUAUUAUUGUACAUAUAGCACAUAGCACAGAUAUGAAUGUAAUUUAUGUUUGCCCAUUGCAAAAUAUGCAUAUGCCCAUUUGUUCAUGGGAAUGUGUGUGUGUGUGUGUGUGUGUGUAUGCAUAUGUGUCUCUGUAUAUGUAUGUGUAUAUAUAUGUAUAUAUAUAUAUGCUUAUAUGUAUGUGUAUGUAUAUGUAUAUAUGUGCACAUGCAUGCACGUGUGUGUUGAUAUAUAUAUAUAUAUAAGUAUAUAUGUAUAUUUGUGUGUGCAUACACACACACACACACACACACACUUGUUUGUAAAUAAAUAUAAAUGUGAAUAUAUGUAAACUCAUGCACAUAUCUCCAUGUUGCUUCUAAAAUUUAACUGUUGCUGUUGUGUCUUUCCAAUCGAUCAUGUUUCACUAUUUUUAGAAUCACUGGUAAUGAUAAGUAUCCUUUUGUUAAGAAACAUGUCUUAAUGUUAAAAUUUCUUUUUCUUGAAAAAUUUCAAUGUUUUAAUUUCAAUCAAUGUACAGUUGCAUUUUGUUUUUUAAUUGUUUUUCUUUUAUCCAAAGAAGAAAAGUUUUAAAGAAAUUAUAUCAUAUACUGUGUUCAUAUUUUAUGUAACUGCAAUUUGCUAAUAAUAAAAUUCAUGAAAUAAGA